AUGAGGAGACUAAAGAGAUCAUUGUCAAUCACCAAGCAGAACUUGAUGGAGAAGACUUCAAACAGGACCAAUACAUUGGAACCUGAGGAUAUGAAGUCUUUGGAAAGACAUUUGGAUGACAAUAGAUUCCAUUUGAGAAAGGUGACGAGGGCAAUUGAGAAGGAGACUGUUAGUUCUGGUGUGAGCAUAAGGGAUGGAACAGAGUUGGCCGAUGGAUUGAUCGAUUACAGUGUCCAUGUUAAAGAGGAGUUUCCUGAUAUGGUAGUCUACGCUGGAAUACUUUCAAAGAUUGGUGAAUUCCAGGCUGCAUUCGAAGACCUCAAAGCAAAGUUGAACGCAUCACUAAUCAAUGAAGUCAGUGAUCCACUCAAAUCAUUGGUCAAGAAGGAGCUGAGAGACGCACAUAACUCAAAGAGAGAGUAUGACAAAGUUAGAGUAGAGUAUGAUGCAUCAUUAUCAGAGUUGAAUAGUUUGAAGAAAACAAAGGGCAUCAAGGUGAACAAGAUAACGGAUAAGGAACAGGAAUGUGGAGAUCUAAGCAAGGCAUUCGAAUUGAUUGGUAUGGAUACAGCUGCUCAACUACAGGAUACAAACUUGAUCGCAGAGUUUGAGACCAUUGAGAAGUUGUGCGAUUAUCUCGAUGCCUAUCACACCUUUUUCCAAAAGGGCUAUCGUUGGGUGGCCCAGAUGAUACCCGACAUCUACGAGUACCGCCUCUAUGUGGACAAGCGCAAGUCAGAGUUGGAGAAGUCCAAGGUCAGGAUGAGCAUGAUGUUGUCUCCCGCCACAGCAGUGAACGAGGCAAUGAAGUACAAGGUGUUUGGAGAGCAACUGUCGGUGCUGGUCACGCGUGAUGCCGCAUCCAUACCAUCAUUCAUAUCACGUGCAUUCCAAGCCAUUCGAUCAAGACUGGAUGAAGAGGGACUGUUCCGUGUGUCUGGUCCCAAGAAGGAUGUGAUAGAGUUCAAACGAUUGAUUGACGAGGGCAAAGAGUACAACCUGGCCAGCACAUAUGACAUCCAUGUUGUUUGUAGCUUGGUCAAGCUGUUCCUGCGCGAGCUACAACCAGAGCCACUACUCUCGUACGGUCGCUACAACGAGUACAUCGACGUUUGCAACAUAGAGUCGGCAGAGGAGCGUGUGGCCCAGAUCACCAGGUUGAUCAACACACUGCCCAAGCACAACUACCAUCUUCUCCAUCAUCUGAUGUACUUGCUCAGUCAGAUAUCCACCAAUCCCAAGAAUAAGAUGGGCGCUGCCAACCUGGCCACAGUCAUCGGACCCAAUAUCCUUGUGUCACAGGCAGAGGUCGUUGUGGAGGACAUUGCACUUGGCAACAUGGUCAUAACAAUGAUGAUACAGAACUUUGAAAAGAUCUUUGGACAGCCACCAGUAGUCGAAUCACUUGGUAAUAGUAUGGCUACAUCAUCAUCAAAUGUGGACCUCACCAAGGAAGGAGACGUUCGUUCAUUUGAAAGAGAACCCAGUGCCAACAACCUUAUGCUACCAACUAGACCUGUACCAAUUCCUAUUCAACAACAACAACAUCACCUGGAAUCACAAUUGCCAAACUCUGCAGACAAUACACCACGCUAUUCAGAUGCAUCGCUUGAACGAUCUAGUCCACCAACUGGUGUAUCCACUUCGACUCAUCAUAUUGAAGGCGACAACAAUGUUGGAGAGCAUCAUCACCAUGAGCAUGAGGAACACCACCAUGAAGAAGAUGAGGAGAAUGAAGAGCAUAAUGAACAUGAUCAAGAGGUUGAGCAACAUAAUGAACUUGAAUUAGAUGCUGGCCCUGCUGAACCCAAUGAAGAUGGUACCGAAUGA